UUAAUAAAAGACUGAUUAAACUGGUCUCGACAGGAUUUUAGAAACUGCACCAAUACAAGGACUUUCUCAGAUCAGUAAACAAUAUAGUUUCAGUGACAUAACUAGGACAAGGAAAAGGAGAUCAGACAGUAUUCUGCAUCAUCCCAGUUUUUCCUAGCAAAAAGUAGGAAGAAUGUGAAUUUUAAAAUAAUAUGCAUAGAAAUAGAAAAUCUCAUUCAGACUAAUUUGUGACAACACUGAUAACUUUGGUAGUUUCCAAAAAAAGGGGAAUUUUAGAACUAAAUAAAAUACAAUUAUAAACACAAAGCUUUAUAAUCCAUAAAUAGGACUCGUGUCUUUACUUAGUAAUUUACUAUUCAUUGUCUUUAGCCAUUUAUUUAGCCAUUUAGCUGUUUAAUAUUUUAUAUUAAACAGCUAAAUGGCUAAAUAAAUGUGUUUGUGUUAUCAUGCAUCAUUUACUGCUGUGGACAAAUAAGAGGCAACUCCAAUUAAAUCAUAAAUCAGCAUUAUUACAUAUUUUAAGAAAGGUUUCGCCAAAGGAUGUUAUUCAUUCAACAAAAUUGCUUUUACUAAGACUUUAGAUGUUAACGCAAUAAAUGAAAUAUACAAAUGAGACGAUCUCACCUAUGCCCUGCGUGAUCCUGUCACUGAGCUUAACAUGUGAACAUUGCUGUAACUUGAUUUCCAAUACAUUUCAAUCACUCAAUAAAAUUUGUCAUUUAGACAAAAAACUGUCUCGACUAAUUCUUGCCAGGCCAACGUAAGCUGUAAAAAUAUUUUUAAAACAUAUAUGUUAGUAUUCACUCGUUUUUGUUAGCAGUCAGCAUAUGAGACCGUGCGUUUAAAAAAAACACCAAAGCCUGGAGAGGAAGUGACCUCAGCCUUUCUAUGACAGAUUUGCGUGGAGUGGGAAUUUUAAUAUACAGUGAUAUCUAUUUCUCGCUCUAUCCAAAAAGGAUUGUGUAGUAGACAGUGAAUAAAUGACUAGACGCAUAUAUUUGAUAGAAAACAUCAAUAGCAUGUAGACGUUACUACAUUAAAGUAUAUUCAUAUAAUAGUAUGUGCUUAUCGCAUACGUUUUGUAUAAUUUAAGCCGUGUUACACCACGCAUGUAUUACGUUGUGUUAUAACAACAACAAUAACAUUAACAAUAACUUCAGUAAUAAUGUGGUCCCUUUUACUGACAGCUGCCCUCAGUGGUAAGGUGUACGAGGAUAUUUGAAUGCAUCGUUAUUUCCUGUUCCACUGAUGUAUCGCUUGUCCAAGUGAAAGGCACUUCAAUGUAUUUUAGCUUUAAGUGUUUACUCGUCUCUUACGCUUGUUUUUUCAGUCAUCACAAUGUAGUCUGUUUUUCAACAAUGUUUGGUGAACAUUCGGAAGCGACCCGGUGGCUUGGACGUUUAGCGGGAUACGCUAGCGAGUGAGUGACAUGGACAACUCUGUCACAUUGUGGCAGUUCCUUCUGCAGUUACUACUAGACUCGAAUAAUGAGCAACUCAUCUCCUGGACCAAUGACGAAGGGGAGUUCAAGCUGCUGCAGGCUGAAGAGGUGGCCCGGCUGUGGGGUGCCCGGAAGAACAAACCUAACAUGAACUACGACAAACUCAGCCGGGCCCUGCGAUACUACUAUGACAAGAACAUCAUAAAAAAAGUAAAUGGUCAAAAAUUUGUGUAUCGCUUUGUGUCCUACCCCGACAUCCUGAAAGGGGAGGCCGUCACACGGACAGAAGAUGUGGGUGCUGGAGGCAUUCCAUCUCUAACAAGAAGAGACAGCACUUUACAGGAGGGGGAGUCAGGCGACAGAACCAGGCUGGGUGGAGGUACAGCAGCUCUGGGCUCCAGCACCAAACAGUCCAACCGUAAUGACUACAUCCACUCUGGUAUGUACACCUCCUUCACACUCAACUCCCUGCAAAACAGGCGUCAGCUCUUCAAGUCCAUCAAAAUGGAGAACCCAGCAGAGAAGAUGGCUGACAAACGUGGACUUGCUGAUACGGCCCAGAACCAGCAGCUACAGCCCACUGCUCUGCCAACCGUCAUCAAGUUUGGAAUCACCCCACCAAAGCCAGCACCAGCACCUCCACACCAGGUCACCGUGGAGCCCAGUCUGCUCUCCAACCAAGCAGAUUCUCUACAGGCCCCGCCCCUCAGGGUUGGGGACAUCAGCACGCACUCCACGCAGCCAUCCACUACCCACUCAGUGUAUGCAUUUGAAGUGAUCCGUCCAACUGAAUUCACCUUGUCAGACCUGACACCCACCAGUCCCUCACCCAGCCUGGUGCCUGACUCCUCCCAGGAGCUGGUGAUUGACAGCGACAUCGAGUCUGGAUCAUCCCAGCCAGCAGAGAGUCAAGCACAGGACAAGGUGGACAGCAGCCUGGGCCUCUCUGGAGACGAGACCAGCUUGGUGGACGCGGAGACCAGUUCGUCGUCAGUGAGCAGCUCCACCACAGUCAGCACUCAGAGCUCAGGAAAGACACGCAAGCUCCCCAAAAUCCUGCAGAUCAGCCCACCAGCCCUGUUGGUCACCGCCUCCGACUUCUCCCCCUCCAACCUGUGCAGCCCAUCACUGCCCACGGCCUCACUCACACCAGCAAUGUUGCAGACCCCCACCCUGUUGCUGACCCCCAGCCCACUACUGUCCAACAUCCACUUCUGGAGCACGCUCAGUCCAGUGGCCCCCCUCAGCCCAGCUACACGGCGGCAGGGAGGCCAUCUGUUCCAGUUCCCCUCUGUACUCACUCCUGGAUUCCAGAUUCCUGUACACAGUGCUGAUGGGACCAACACACCUGGGCCUAUUUCACCGGACCCUCAGAAGACGUAAAAGUCCAUGUGGUGCAUGGCAACACACACACACACACACACACACAGACUGACCCUGGUUCUUGCUUCCACCUCAGGACACUCAUGUGGAAGCUCAGACAUUUCCAUUCCCCACCGUUCUGGUGCUUUACAGUAUCCUGACAUUUAAACUAACUGCAGAGAUGAUGUCACCAUCGUCAUCAUGAUGACAUCACUUGUUUCAUGUCAUCAUACACCCCAGGCAUGCCUCACUGAUGCCACUGUUCUGUUAGCACUAAGGGUUUGUUUUGGUUUUAACCCAGGCAGAUCCUGAACAAAAAAAAAAAUGGAGGAAUUUCCAUGGCAACGGUGUGUGUGUGCGUGUGUGAACGUGACCCUCAGCAGCUACAGUCGCCUUCACACCGAUACACAAAACAGCUGUAGAUAUUUAAAGCUUUAGAUGUUUUUGUUUUUUUUUAAAUAUAUCUUUAUAUGGUGCAGUGUUCUGGACACAUGGGCCGUCAUCUUCAGUCUGGACAGUUCUCCUCCACUGACACUGACCCUGCUCCUCAGUCUGUGGACCCUGCUCCUCAGUCUGUGGACCCUAGGCUCUCAAUACUUCUUUCAACGAGCAUGUAACACCUGCCUUUGCUUGCUUUAAAAACCUUACGACCUACAGCCAUGUGAAACGAACUUGGGGAACUUUGGGCUCUGGCCCUCUUUUACUGUUUUCUUCUGUGUACUUUUGUACAUCAAUGAUAAACGUGCUCUGAAGGGCAGCGUGGGCAUGUCUGCCUCCAGUCGCUAAGCUUUCAGGUGGAAAUGAAUGAAAGAGAGUGAAGCCAUAACCCUUCUCCAGCGUCCACUCCACAGGUGGCCUCUCACUAAUCAUUUACGUCUUACUGCUGUUGAAGGGCAGCCAAUGUGUUCACAGAUGAAGUAUUUAUUUUUUUAAAUAAGUGGAAAUGUAAAAUUUAAAAAAAAAGAUGGAAUUGUUCACGUUGAGCAGAUUUUAGGAGCUUCAAAGACCAGGGUGAUGCUGUUCGUAUGUUUGCACAGGAAAUCAAAGGGAGGUCUUGACAAGAACUGGAUUAGAAGUCACGACAUAUAAAAAUCUAUUUCUAGCACAAAUAGAAACAGACGGUGGAAUUCUUUCCUCCUGCACCUCAGACACUGACAUUUGUGUUUUAACACCGUCUUAAAGCCACCGGAGUUCCUACAUGCCGGUGCUUUGACCCAACAAGAAGACUAACAAACUGUUAUCUCAGUCCUGGACAGGUGUGUGUGUGUGUGAUGAGAUGUUACCUGCCUUAUACCUGCAACAACAUUCAGGAUUAACACAGUGAAAAUAGACUUUUCCUCGUUCAUCACAGGAGGUUGGUUAAGAACGGUUGUCGUCAAAUGUUAGAAAUAGGGGAGGGGGGGGACCGAACCAAGUCGAACGUCAGAACUUUAAUCUUCAUUUACGCUUUCUUUGCUCGAGUCUUUGUUUUAGUCUGUGUUUACUGUGUCAGUGAUUUGAAAAACCAUAAUCAUGUCACCUUUGACCUGCGAGUGAUCGAACAACUCUGACUUCAAGCACUUCGAUCCUUUGGGGUUUUUAGCCAUGAAAGAAGUCAACAAACAUUGAAGCCAUAAUGAGACAAAUAGCUACGAGUUUAAACUUAAACGAUUCACAUCGCACCUAAUACAGGUGUGUGUGUGUGUGUGUGUGUCAGUCAACUGUCACUCUCUGACCCAGUACUGGUUGAUUAAGAAAUGAUGUGGCAAAGGGGAACAUUAUGUUAUUAUCAACUUAUCUGACAGAAGUGACCUUGACCCUGACUUUGACCAUCACAUACAUACAUACAUACAUACAUACAUAAAUACAUACAUACAUACUGUGCCUUAUCACUGCCAAGUCACUCCAGCAGAAUAGUUGGUGUCCCCCCACCCCAGCCCUCCAGGUUCAUCCUACAGACAUGUUCUCAUACCAUAGACCAGUGGUUCCCAACCCUAACAUUUGACAACUCUCGCAGAAGGGGGGUCAUUCCAAAAAAAAAUCUUUUUUUAAGUUUUGUGUAAAUAUGAAGCGUUAUUUUUUAUUGUGUCAACAUGUGGGAGAAAUGGGUCCUAUGUGCGAUGGGUGGGUGGGCCACAGAAAAUAAUUGGGAACUACUACAACGGGCUAAAUCAGGAGUGAGACCACGUACUGCAGCUCCUGUUUUUAUUAGGCCGUACCCCUACGCCUCCCAAAAAAAAACUGUUCAUCAAUAUUUGUUAGAUAUAAAGGAAGAAAGCUACUCUGAUGAUAUCAAUAUCUGUACUGCUUUGUUUAAUCCUGUAUUUUCUGUAACUGAUGUCAAUUAUUGUCUAUUUUUCUACGACAGGGGAGACGGGUGGGCGGGGGGGGGAUCUGCUGUUUUAAUCAUCUGCUUCAUUUAUCUUUGUCUCCAGGAGGGGGCUGUGCUAUGCUUCUAUUGUUUUUAUUUUUAAGGAAAUCAAAGCCUUAGGUGGGGGGAUGUGAACCUAUGUUUUUAUACGUCUGUGUUUUGAUAUGGUGUUGAUGUUGUACCUGCAGAUGUUGUGAUCAAACGUUUGCACUUAAGAAAAAAAAAUGGGGGCAGUUGCUUUUCUAUGACGUGUUUCCUCUGGUGACGCCUUUGUUGACAUUUGCAUACAGAGUAAAGUAUAUUUUCCCAAAGGGA